AUGGGUAUCGAGAAGCAACAUAAUUCUUGCAGAAGCAUCACAGUUUUUGUUGCCUGGGUACUGUUGACAACAUUUUUCAUGUCUGGUGAAGGGAAAAUCGAGAAUAUAGUAGACCCAAAAAAUAGGGUCAUUUUAUCAUUGCAGGCCGCCAUUGAAGAAGUGCAAAAAGUACAGGCGUUGGCUGUAGAGCUUCCUGAUAGUGUGACUGGAACCCAUGAGAGCAGGGCAAGGCAGGACUGUUUGAAACUGUUUGAAGACACAAUAUAUCGUCUCAACAGCUCUCUGAAUGUAAUGAAAACUUCCCAUUUGGAGCAGAGAUCAGCCAUGGCGGACGUUCACACAUGGGUCAGCGCUGCGUUGACUAAUCAACAUAUGUGCAUCGGUGGACUCUCUGGUACAAUUUACAACAGAGAAAUCAAGAACAGUAUUAUUCUGAGUGAAGUUGGAUCGUCUAUUUCGUUGCAUGUUUCGAAGUUGAAGAAUUUAAUUGGCGAUUCGCUUGGGCUUUUUGUGAAUUUAAUAGCUAGUGUGCCGCCGGUGGCUGGGAAGAACAGAGUUUUAUUACGUGGAAGGAAAAUGGGGUUUCCUGAAUGGGUAUCAGGGGAAAAAAGGCGGCGGCUUUUUCAGUUUAGUCCAGACGUUGUGGUUGCACAAGAUGGGUCGGGGAAUUUUACAACGAUUACAGAGGCUCUGUACUCUUACGUUCUACCGCAGGGUGAGAAGACGCAUUUUGUUGUUUAUGUGAAGGCUGGGGAAUACCAUGAGAAGGUUGUGAUUGAAGGGUUUAUGAUGAAUUUGAUGUUGAUCGGCGAUGGUAUGAACAAAACUGUGGUAGUUGGGGACAGGUGCUCUUCUGUUUGGCAUAGUCUCUAUGCCUCUUCAACUUUCGUGGUGUGGGCGAACGGCUUCGUAGCCAAGGACAUAACGAUUGCGAACACAGCAGGGCCAAAAGAAUUUCAGGCAGUCGCACUUUUAAUAGCCGGCGACAUGGCAGUCAUUUACAGAUGCAGCAUAGAAGGUUAUCAGGACACCCUUUUACUCCACACUAACCGCCAAUUCUUUCGUCGUUGCCACAUCUACGGCACCAUCGAUUUCAUAUUCGGCGACUCGAUGACAGUCAUUCAGAAGAGCAGCAUUUUCGUUAGAAGACCACUUGAUGGGCAGGUGAAUACCAUCACUGCCCAAGGAAGGACAAAUUCCAGCCAAAGCAGUGCCAUUAUCAUACACGCUUGCAACAUACUGGCUGCUCCAGAUUUUGUUCCCAUGCAAAAACAAUUUAAGACGUAUUUGGGUAGACCCUGGCAUCAAUUCUCUCGCACUGUCAUCAUGCAAUCUAGUCUGGAUCAGUUGAUUGAUCCUGCUGGUUGGUUGCAGUGGGAUAACAUGGUCUCUGAUUUGAGUACUGUGUUUUAUGGUGAGUUUAUGAAUGUUGGAGCUGGUGCAAAUACGUCUAGGCGUGUGAAUUGGCCUGGCUAUCAUGUAAUUAGUGAUCCAGCCGAAGCAGAGAAAUUUAGUGUUGGGAAAUUUAUUAGUGGGAAUUCUUGGAUUCCUAUAUCCGGUGUUCCUUAUAAUUCAAGUUUAAACGCGUUUUAA